GAGCUUAAGUCACCAACAUGUUUGCCAACUGUAUCAUGUGAUAGAGACAUCCAAGAAAAUAUUCAUGGUCUUAGAAUAUUGCCCUGGAGGAGAGCUGUUUGAUUACAUCGUUUCUAAGGAUCACCUUUCAGAAGAGGAGGCUCGUGUAUUUUUUCGGCAGAUUGUCUCAGCAAUUGCUUAUGUUCACAGUCAGGGGUAUGCGCACAGGGAUCUCAAACCAGAGAAUUUGCUGAUUGAUGAUGGGCAUAAUUUGAAGCUGACAGACUUUGGACUUUGUGCAAAGCCAAAGGGUGGCCUGGAUUAUCAUCUUAACACAUGCUGUGGAAGCCCAGCUUAUGCAGCACCAGAGCUUAUUCAAGGCAAAGCAUAUAUUGGCUCAGAGGCAGAUAUCUGGAGCAUGGGAGUACUGCUGUAUGCUCUGCUGUGUGGCUUUCUUCCCUUUGAUGAUGAAAAUGUCAUGGCUGUCUAUCGGAAGAUCAUGAGAGGAAAAUACUAUGUUCCAAAGUGGUUAUCUCCUAGCAGUACACUACUACUUCAUCAAAUGCUGCAGGUGGACCCAAAGAAGCGGAUUACAGUUAAACAUUUGUUAAGUCAUCCUUGGCUCAUACAAGGUUAUUCUGAUCCUGUUCAGUGGCAAAGCAAAUACCCACUAGGACACCUUGAUGAAGACUGCAUAACAGAGCUGUCUGUGUUUCAUAAACAGAGCAGGGAAAGUAUAUCAAAGUUGAUAUCAGAGUGGAAAUAUGAUCAAAUAUCAGCAACAUAUCUCUUGCUUCAAUCCAGAAAGGCUCGUGGCAAGUGCAUUCACCUAAGGCUUCCGUCUCUAACAGGGCUUGCUAGUAUAACACAACUGAUAGGCCUGGAGCAUUCAAAGCAUGAUGCUGAACUAGAUGAUAUAGAAUGCACACUGUCAACUCCAGUGACAAGAAAAGCGGCAUUGAGGAAGCAUGAAAACAAAGAGAAUGUUGAUACAGAAUCUGCUGUAAAAAAUGAAGUGCCUUUUGCACUUCCUGCUCCAAAGACCCCUUUUGCAAGGAGUGUGAAUGAGAAGCAAGCACAGGCCACACCAUUUCAGGCACUUGACCUCAAAGAUAGCCCGUUCACUACAUUUACCCCAAUUAAGAAACCCAUAAACUCAGCAAAUACAGAUGAAUUGACAGCAGCUGAGAUUCUUCCUGAAAGAAGGUGUCACUCAGUAAAAUCAGAUCUCAACCUAGCCCAUGUAGAUAGCAGCCAAAAGAAGAGAAAAGCCAAAAUGUUUGGAAGUCUUGAAAGAGGACUAGAUAAAGUGAUCACAAUGCUCACACCAAGCAAAAAGAAACGAUCCAGCACAGAUGGUCCAAGGAAAUUGAAGGCACACUGUAAUGUUACCACAACUCAACUACUGAAUCCAGACCAGGUGUUGAAUGAAAUAAUUGCUGUCCUUCCAAUGAAAAAUGUAGAAUAUAUUCAGAAGGGUUAUAUCCUGAAAUGUCAAACCCGGUCAGAUUUUGGCAAAGUAACUAUGGAGUUUUACUUAGAAGUGUGCCACCUCAGUAACUCUGAAGCAGUGGGUAUCAGGAGACAACGGCUUAAAGGUGAUGCUUGGGUCUACAAGAGACUAGUGGAAGACAUUUUAUCUAGCUGCAAAGUAUGGCUUACUGAUGCAUGUGCUGAGAAAACAAAUUUUGUACUGCCUAAGACAUCUAAAAAAACCUAUUCAGAAAACUAAUUGUCACAUAGACAGCUAUAUUAGAA